AUGGCUGGCAUUGUACCUGUCGCAAAGUCUCUCAAAGACAUCUACACCGAAGAUGCCUUGACUGCACAAACCAAGAGAUGGGACAAUCUUCUCAAGCAAUUCAAGAGCAAUUAUGGACACGAUGCGCAGUUCGUUUCACGAUCUCCAGGACGUGUCAACAUUAUCGGCGAGCACAUUGAUUACUCUUUGUACUCUGUCUUGCCUAUGGCCAUAACUGCAGAUGCCUUACUCGCAGUUUCCACCCAAAUCGAUGAAUCCGCUUCGACUAGUACAACAUUCAAGGUGCGAGUUUCGAAUGUGCAGGCAGAUAAGUUCCCAGCACAUGAAUUCGAUAUACCAUUCGAUGCAGUGGAGAUCGAUUCCAAGGUACAUGAGUGGACAAAUUACUUGAAGUCUGGACUCCGGGGUGCUUUAGAGUUAUUGAGAAAGAAACAUGGAGACGGCUUCAAACCCAAGAGUAUGGAAGUUUUGAUGGAUGGAACCGUACCUGCUGGUGGUGGAUUGAGUAGUUCUGCUGCUUUCACUACAGCUUCUGCCCUUGCAGUUAUGUUUGCUAAUGGCGAGCAAUCUGUUGACAAGACGCAACUCACAGAAUUGGCAAUUGUCAGUGAAAGAGCAGUAGGUGUCAACUCGGGCGGAAUGGAUCAAUCUGCAUCAGUCUUCUCCAUUCGUGGCUCAGCAUUAUAUGUCUCUUUCAAUCCAACCUUGACUGCAAAGCCCGUCCACUUCCCCAAAACAAACCCCGAACUCACAUUCGUUAUUGCACAAUCGUUUGUUGCAGCUGAUAAGCAUGUCACUGGUCCAGUAUGCUACAACUUGAGAGUUGUAGAAUGCAGUCUUGCCGCGGCCUAUCUUCACGCAGCUAUCAACAAAUCUAAAGAUCCCCUUCCUUCCGACUCUGGACCAUUGGGUGUCUCGCUUCACGGAUUCCAUAGCAAAUAUCUUGGAGAUUCCACUGCACCGCUCGAAGAACAACUUUCGGAACUUAUUGAACUCACAAAGAAAACAUUCACAAAAGAAGAGGGAUAUACUAGAGAAGAAAUUGCAUCCGUCAUUAACAUGACAGUCCCUGAGUUUAACGAGCGCUUCACUUCCACAUUCCCCGUCCGCGCUGAACAUUUUAAGCUUCGCCAAAGAACCCUUCACGUUUUCACCGAGGCCCUUCGAGUUCUAAAGUUUAUGAAAGUUCUCGAACAUCCCGAAUCCUAUCUCAAUGCCGAUGGUGGUGAUUCCACUGAAACUUUCAACCGAAAGCUGGGUGACCUAAUGAACGAAACCCAAACCAGCUGCAGAGAAGACUUUGACUGCAGUUGUCCCGAACUAGACGAACUUUGUGAAAUAGCAAAGAAAGCAGGCAGCUAUGGAAGUAGAUUGACUGGUGCCGGAUGGGGCGGAUGCAGUGUACAUUUGGUACCUGCGAAUAAGGUUGAUGCGGUUAAAGAGGCUUGGGAGAAGGAGUAUUACUCAAAAAAGGACUUGUCCAAGGAGCAGAGGGAAGCGGCAAUCGUGGUUAGCAAACCUGGUAGCGGAAGUGCGGUAUUUGUUGUUGAAGGUGGAAAUGUUGCUUAG